ACACACAGAAAAAACACACAGAAGAGAGAGAGAUUCUUCUACACUUGGGAAAGCAGAAGGGUGGGGAAGCGUAUUCCUCGUGAGUACUCCAGAUUUUUGCAACGCCAAAACACCCACCCAAUAUAUACAUACACAUAUAUAUAUAUAUAUACAGAGAGAGAGAGAGAGAGAGAGAGAGAGAGAGAGAGAGAGAGAGAGAGAGAGAGGUAGUGUUUGUAGAAAGGGGAAGGCGGAGGAAGGAAAAGAAGAUGAUGUGGGAAGCUGGAGGAUCAACAGCUUCAUCUUCUGCGGCCGGAGGAGCUGACGGCGGCGGCGGAGACGGCGGAGGAGGGAGGAGGAAGCCGUCGUGGAGAGAGAGAGAGAACAACAGGAGGAGAGAGAGGAGAAGGAGAGCAAUAGCAGCGAAGAUAUAUGCUGGGUUAAGAGCUCAAGGUAACUACAAUCUGCCCAAGCACUGCGACAACAAUGAAGUCCUCAAAGCUCUCUGUAAUGAAGCCGGUUGGAUCGUCGAACCAGACGGCACUACUUAUCGCAAGGGAUGCAGGCCAUCUCCAAUGGAAAUAGGAGGAACAUCAACAAACAUAACACCAAGCUCAUCGAGAAAUCCGAGCCCGCCAUCUUCGUAUUUCGCCUCUCCAAUCCCUUCGUACCAACCGAGCCCGAAUUCGUCUCCGCCUCGAAACAAUGCCGCCAACCCUUUCGCCUUCCUCCUAAACUCCAUCCCCGCCUCACUGCCGCCCCUCCGAAUAUCAAACUCCGCCCCCAUCACCCCGCCUAUGUCAUCUCCAACAAGACAUGAACAGCAGCAACAACAAAAACGAACCAAGCAGCAGCAGCAAAUCUUCACCUUAGAAUCCAUCUCCGCCAUGAACAUGAUGAACAUGCCCUUCUUCGCCGCCUCCGCUCCGACAAGCCCCACCCGUGGGCGGCGGUUCACUCCCGCGACUAUACCGGAGUGCGACGAGUCGGACACUUCGACUAUCGAUUCCGGGCAAUGGAUGAAUUUCCAGGCGUACGCGAACGCGAAUGCGAACAACAACAACAUGGUUUUUCCGAAUUCUCCGACUUUUAACCUUGUGAAGUUGCCCGCGGCCGCAAAGUCCAAGGACGCAAUAAUGUCGGAUAAGGGGAAGGGUAAGGAGUUGUUCGAUUUCGAGAGCAUGGCGGUUAAGCCAUGGCAAGGCGAGAAAAUUCACGAGAUGGGAGUCGAUGAUCUCGAGCUCACGCUAGGUAACGGGAAUAAUCGGUGAUUAUUAUUUUAUUUUAUUUUCGUUUUUAUUUUCAAGAUUCGUUGUAAGAGUGAUUGGGAGAUUUAAAAAAAGAAAAAGAAAAAAAAAUAUAUUGGCCCUUACACAAUAUUAUUAGGAGUUUUUUAUAUGGAUUUGUUUUCUUUAUUAGGUUGAAAAUUGGUUUUUUUCAGUUGUUAUCAAAAUUAUUAUUAGAAUUUUUUGUUAUUAUUUUUAUUCAUUGUAAUGAUUUGUCUUUUGAUUUUGAGAGUGCACCUUCUAUUAUAGCCAUCAUACAUUGCUGCAGCAGAUUCUGCUGAAA